AUGUAUGACGUUGUCGUGUAUGGUGCCACUGGCUUUACCGGCCAGCUUACGGCGCAGUACCUCGCCGAACACCCUCAGGCACCGGCCAUAGCACUUGCAGGACGCAAUGUCGCCAAGCUGCGCAAGGUGCGCGAGCAGCUCGACGUGCCCAAAGAGCGCCGCGACGCAAUUCAGCUGAUCGAGGCGUCGGCUGAAGACCCCGCGAGCAUCCAAGCGUUCGCACGCAGUACCAAGGCCAUUAUCAACACCGUCGGGCCCUACCUGAAGCUGGGCGGAUUCGACGUCGUCAAGGCCGCCGUCGAGGCGGGGGCGGGGUACGUCGACCUGGCCGGCGAGUCGGUGUUUUAUGCGCGCCUCAUCCAAGAGCUGCACGAGGCCGCGCAAAAGACGCACGCCGUCAUUGUGCCGUCGUCUGCGAUGGACUCGCUCCCGUUCGACAUCUCGACAUACUUGGCCGUGAAAGAGGUGAAGAAGGCGCUGGGUGGCAAUGCCGAUGUCGGGCGCGUCGAGAGCGGUUAUGCGGCGCAAGGCUCGUUUUCGGGGGGCUCGUUUGCGAGUCUCGCAAGCAUGCGCACGCACCCCGAGCUGUUCAAGUACGCGCAGCCGUACAUGCUGAGCCCGGUCAAGGGGGCCGCCACGUCCCCGUGGUUCUUCACGCGGUACAUGCCACAGUUUGGGCGGAGCGGCGCAUUCACCAUCCUCUCACCGCACAACACGCGUGUCUUGAACCGCACGUGGGGCCUGUUGGAGGAGGCGCGCCUGCCGGAGCGGUACGGACCGACGUUUAGCUUCUUGGACGUGUUCGUCGCGCCGAAUUACCUGCUGUCCUUCCUCGUUUCGGUCACCUGCACGGUGCUCGCUUGGGUACUCGUAAACGUUCCGCAUAUCGAAAAAGGGCUCGCGUGGAUCGCUCCGCCGGGCACCGGCGCCUCAAAGGAGGCGCUCGAGAGCGGAUACUUGGACGCCCGUACCGUGGCCUACGCGCGCGACGGCAAGACGCGCGGCCUCGUCGUGUUCCGUGCAAAGGGCGACCCUGGCUACCUCAAGACGGCCGCGUUCCUUGGCGAAAUGGCGCUCACGAUUGCGCUCGAAAAAGAGCGCCUCACGCCGAUGGCCAAGCAGGGCGGCAUCCUCACUCCGGCCACGGUUGCGCCAGAGAUCAUCGCCGCACGUCUCGGCAAGUAUGCGGGCGUGACGAUCAAGGGCACCAAGGUGUCCGAUUCCGAAGAUGUGUCCAAGGUGCUUGCGUAA